AUGAAUCGCUACCGAGCUGGCGGGCCCUCGAAGGCGGCGCCAACAACUCUGUGCCAGAAAUGCUUGAAGCGCGGUAAGGAAGGCCUCCUCUCAUGAAUGGGCGGCGUACAAGGCUGGACAAUCAUUUGGCAAGAACUCUUGUUCUUGCAGAGUGCUCUUAAAUGCGGAAAGAAUCGCAGACUUGAAAAUUCUGAGCGCCGCGGAGACUGCCAUUCGAGUACGCUGUCCCGUUAUGAGAUGGCCACAUGAAUUAAGAGCGUCACUGACUUCUUUUCAGGUCACUACAGUUACGAGUGCACGGCAUCACAGCAAGAGAGGCCGUAUAUCUCACGUCCAUCACGGAGUCAACAACUUCUCAACCCGAAAUUGGCCCCACAACUAUCCGCGACAGCGCCAGAUCCAAAGCCAGAGACAAAGUCUGUAUCACUCCGAGAUCUCCCGGCUCAACGUAAGACUGACCAUCUUCUCAGGAGUUCUACAGCUCCCAAUGAUUCGCAGCAAACCCGCAGUGCAGUCCGAGACAACUCACCGCACUCGAAACGAAGACGGAGAUCAAUCUCUUACUCAUCAGACUCGGACUCCGUAUCGACCAUUUCCACUAACCGCUCCGCUUCGCGCUCUCCUCCACCGCGUCGAAGGGGAAGAGAAGACGAGGCUGGGGAGCGGAGCGGAGAUGGCGCUCGUGGCGAAGGCACGAAAAGCCGCAGACGGGAAAGGCCCGAUGGUGGUGAGGAACAUGGGUCUCGCAGGGAUUCAUCUGCAGGGCGAUAUCGAGUCAGAAAUGCGUCUCCGCCGCGACCGCGGAGCAGUCGAAUGGUUUCCAGGUCUCGGUCUCGGUCGCCGUACAGAGCAGCGGCCAAUCCAGCACGAAGUUCUCGAGCUCCCAUCGACGGGCGGCAUGCUCGAAGCGACGUUGCCAGAGAGCGAUCGCCGGUGCGAGAACGGAGUCUGA